AUUACAUCCUUCCUUCCUUCCGUUGGUUGAGAAGAAUUCAUCUUCUGGAGCGCCAAAAUCAUUCACGUUUCUCUUGUUCAGAAUACAUCUCGUAAACUGUAGGAAUUCUGAUAUGCUUCAGUGCACAGAGCAGUAAUAAAUGAGCUGCUUUGAGGGAGAGCUUGAAUGCUCAGUCGGUCAGUAGUACAGUAGCAGGCUCACUUGAGCACAUCAUGGGGUCUACUGCUACAGAAACUGAAGAAUUGGAAAACACCGCUUUUAAGUAUCUUAUAGGAGAACAGACUGAAAAAAUGUGGCAACGGCUGAAAGGCAUACUAAGAUGCCUAGUGAAGCAGCUGGAAAAAGGUGAUGUUAAUGUUGCACACUUAAAGAAGAAUAUUGAAUAUGCAGCCUCUGUGUUGGAAGCAGUUUAUAUCGAUGAAACAAGACGGUUGCUGGAUACUGAUGAUGAGCUCUCUGACAUUGAGUCUGAUUCAGUUCCAUUGGAAGUUCGCGACUGGUUGGCUUCUACCUUUACAAGGAAAAUGGGGAUGACGAAAAGGAAACCUGAGGAAAAACCAAAAUUUCGAAGCAUCGUUCAUGCUGUUCAAGCUGGGAUUUUUGUGGAAAGGAUGUACAGAAAGACCUCUUCUGUGAUUGAUUUGUCAUAUCCAGCAGCUGUUAUCGUCACAUUAAAGGAUGUUGAUCAAUGGUCUUUUGAUGUAUUUGCCCUAAAUGACGCAAGCGGAGAACAUAGUCUGAAGUUUAUGAUGUAUGAACUGUUUACCAGAUAUGAUCUUAUCAACCGUUUCAAGAUUCCGCUUCCUAGCCUAAUUUCAUAUGCGGAAGCCUUAGAAGUUGGUUACAGCAAGUUCAAAAAUCCAUAUCACAAUUUAAUUCAUGCAGCGGAUGUCACUCAAACUGUACAUUACAUAAUGCUUCAUACAGGUAUAAUGCACUGGCUCACCGAACUGGAAAUAUUGGCAAUGGUUUUUGCUGCUGCCAUUCAUGAUUACGAGCACACAGGGACCACAAACAACUUUCACAUUCAGACAAGGUCAGAUGUUGCCAUUUUGUAUAAUGACCGUUCAGUCCUUGAGAAUCACCAUGUGAGUGCAGCCUAUCGACUCAUGCAAGAAGAAGAAAUGAAUAUAUUGGCAAAUUUAUCCAAAGAUGACUGGAGAGAUCUUCGGAACCUAGUGAUUGAAAUGGUUUUAUCUACAGACAUGUCGGGUCACUUCCAGCAAAUUAAAACGAUCAGAAACAGUUUGCAGCAGCCUGAAGGACUUGACAGAGCCAAGACCAUGUCCCUGAUUCUCCAUGCAGCAGACAUCAGUCACCCAGCCAAAUGCUGGCAGCUGCACCACCGAUGGACCAUGGCGCUAAUGGAGGAAUUUUUCCGUCAGGGUGAUAAAGAAGCUGAAUUAGGGCUUCCAUUUUCCCCGCUUUGUGAUCGGAAGUCAACGAUGGUGGCCCAGUCACAAAUAGGGUUCAUUGACUUCAUUGUAGAGCCAACAUUUUCUCUUCUGACAGACUCAAUGGAGAAAAUUGUUAUUCCUCUUAUAGAGGAAGCCUCAAAAGCAGAAAAUUCUUCCUUUAAGACCAUCAGUGCAAGCUCCACUGGGGGGUUAAAAAUAGCAGAUGCGCUGAAGCACUCAAAUGUGAAAAACAACAUAAGUGAUGGUUCCUAUACUCCGGACUAUUCCCUUGCAGCAGUGGACCUGAAGAGCUUCAAAAACAAUCUGGUGGACAUCAUUCAGCAGAACAAAGAGAGAUGGAAAGAGCUAGCUACACAAGGUGAAUCUGAUCUUCGUAAGAACUCAGAAGACUUAGUCAAUGCCGAAGAAAAACUUACUGAUACACAGUCAUAGGCUUGAAACACUUUAAUGGCUCCUGUCAUUUUAAACAUGAGAGGAUACUGAAAACAGCUCUAAACAUCGUAAAUCCUCAACUUUCCAACAAGUUGUAUUCUCCCUUUUCAACAUAUAUUUGGACCAGGCCAUUUUUAUGGACUUCUAUGGAAGGAAUUAGUAAGAAGAACAGAAAAUUUUAACUGACAACUAAGACCCAAUAAUACACUCAAAGUUGCAAACAGAGUUUUGGGGCCAGUGCUUCUGCCAUUGUUUUUCUCUACAAUUUGG